CGUGGAGCAUGUUUUGCUCUGUCAGGCCUUUCGGAUGACUCCAAUGUCAGGGUUCUCCUAUAUACUUUACGAAUCGUUCUUGGGACUGGAAGCUUGACUGUGAUCACUCUUAUAUUUCUUUUCUUCCGGUGAAGCAUAGCCUCCAUGUUAUCCUAUUCAAUCCCUCCACCUUGAAACAUCCUCUGUGGCCAUCCCUCACUCAAAGUUGGUUCUCAAUCUUAUAUCCCUUUGGAUCACCCAAAUUUUCGUCCAUUACUUCAACAUUCUUUCAAUCCGUCAACGUGGCUGCCCUUGGAGUAUCUCAGCUGUGUCGUUUGACUGAUUGUUCACGGCAGACGCGCAUACCGACUUGUGAUUCGAAACCAAUUUCAUUGGCUGAUCUCCUUCCAGGAGGUUCUCCCUCCCUCUCUCAACUUCGACUGCUCGAGGUGCAUAGCCUUUCAGAGAGAGGGAAGGACCACCCAUGCCCAGAGACGCGGCUCUCCAGAGGAGACCAGGAGCUUAUGUCGAAGCGGUCGCAUGUGCCAGAUAUCCCCGAUCAGAGUUCGCCGACUGAAGGUUCCAGCCAGCUCCAGCAUGAGCCAGAAAGAUUCCCUUCCACGGCCGGUGAUACUACUCCUGUUCAUGCAGGAUCUCGCUCAAUCGCAGUGGAUUCAAUUCUGAAUCCGCCCGCAAAUCCAACUCUCGAAUCACCCUCUCACCAAGGCAGCAAUGGCCCACUAGAGUCCCCCGUUUCUUCGACAUCCCCCUCUCCCUCCCCGUCUCCAGUUGUGCCACUUUCCCAAACGGACCCCGCGCGCUUUCGACUCGACAGAUCCGUGUCUCCAAGGCUCCAUCAACGACGAAUAUUGACCCCUCGAUCCCCCGCUUCUCGUGCUGCGAGCUUGGGAACCAGAUUUGCUUCAUACCCAGGAACCAUGGAUGUAACCCAAUUCCCUUUCAUCCAGUCUCCGCCUCCACAAAGCGGUGCAACUUUACCGGGCAGUUAUAGUCACCCUCAAUCCUCCUUUCUCCCUGAACAGCGAACAACUCUUCCACCUUCACAAGAUACUGCCCCAAGCACUCCACAUUCUUCUUACAGCCCCUUCCAGCAGGCGUCGCCAGCGCAUAUGCUGCAACAGCCUUUACCACUGUCCCAAGUGGGACUGCCUCCAUUUAUAGCUCAUCAGAUGGCAAUGCAAAGCACUCAGGGGCUGAUACCAGUGACCAUUGACAUGGAUUCUGGUUCAAAAAAAGCGUCCGACAAGCGGAAGAAAAACAGCCACGCCUCAAGGAGAUUCCGCCAAAGGAAAAAGGCAACUGAAAAUGAAAAAGCCCGCAUCUUAGAAAAACUGCAGGAGGACAUGAAAUUUUUAAGGCAAGCGGUCGCGUUUUAUCGAAGUGAGCGCGAUUAUUUCCGUGACUACAUCAGUAGGAUACCGGGUGUGCAUAUCCCUCCUCGUCCUGCUUCUCCUCAAUUUCCGGAGCAGGCCCCGGUAAUUCUUACUCAGGCAUCUGAAUCAGAGUCAGAUGGUCGGGUAACGUCUCGUCGCAAUGUCCGGUCGCGAACCGGUCCUCCAUCUUCGGGAGUGUCAUUGCCGACUACUCUUCAACCACUACCAUUUAAUCUUCCAGGCUAUCAAUCCGCUCAGCAGUCCCCAUGGCCCCCGUCAUCCGCAACGACUCCCGAGGCUUCACAGCAAUUUCAACCACCUUUCCACGCUCCUUAUCGUGCUCACCCUCCCGCAUCACCGCAGAGCCAUGACGCCAUGUUUACCCAUCAACAACAACCUCCAAAAGGGUGA